AUGCACUCUACAAUCUCUACAGUGGACGCAGGGUCGCUCACCACAGGCGCCAUGGCGGUGUAUUUCGUCUUACUCUGCUGGUCGGCAAUCAUGAGUGAGCCGCCUGCCGAGGCAUGCAACACUCGCCCUCGCCAGACCGCAUACAGCUGGUGGCUUGAUAUUCUGGCAUUCAUAGUGGUGCUCGUCAGCGUUGCCAUCUCAGUCUGUGCCACUGGCAUCGACUCUCGCUGCUUCUCCCUCCGCCCUGGCUGUCAAUACAAAGAAAUCGCCGGGAACGGAGAGGUUCCCUAUGGAUACGGCUUGUUCCAUCUCGUGUUCCUUACAGGUUCAAUGUACAUGGCUACAACACUACUAGGCUGGAAUAUCGCCUGA